AUGCCGCCAAAACGAGCCGCACUCCCCACCAAGGAGCGCACCCUCUUCCAGCGGCUCAUCCAAGAAUACGAAACCAAAAAGUACAAACUCGGUCUCAAAACCGCCGACACCAUCCUCAAAAAGUUCCCCGACCAUGGAGAAACCGUCGCCAUGAAGGGCCUUCUCCUCGGCUCAACCCAUCGUCGCAAUGAAGGCAUCGAAUUAGCCAAAAAGGGAGUUCGCCUCGACCUAACCUCUUUCAUCUGCUGGCACGCUCUCGGCAUUCUGCAUCGUCAGGAUAAGAACUAUGAAGAAGCGAUAAAGUGUUACACCCAAGCACUGCGGAUUGAAGGUGGUGGAAAUGUGAAUUUGUUGAGGGAAUCGGCAUUUUUGCAGUUGCAGUUGAGAAACUACCCUCCGAUGGUGGAGAAUAGGUUGACGCUGUUAAGGAUGCAGCCUCAUUUGAGGAUCAAUUGGAUUGGGUUGGCGGUUGCGCACCAUUUGGCGGGAUCACUGGAGGCAGCGGUGAGGGUGUUGGAGGGAUACGAGAAUGUGAUGCGCGAUAUUCCGGAUAGGAGUUACGAGCAUUCAGAAGUGUUGCUGUAUCAUGCGAGUGUGUUGGAGGAGCAAGGCAAGUUUCAGGAAUCGUUGGAUUUGAUGGAGGAGAGCAAGAAAAGGAUUGUGGAUCUGAGGGGGAUGCAGGAGGCUCAGGCGAGGUGUUUGGCUGGGUUGGGGAAGAAGGAUGAGGCUGAGAAGCUGUGGAGGGAGUUGAUCAAGUCCAAUCCGGAGAACAAGAGGUACUUUGGUGGAUUGCUUAGUCUUCUUGGGAUCACUAAGGAGGAUGGCUCGACCGCAGAGAAGGACAAAGCGGUGGAAGUGUUCAAGGGUUUACAAGCCGACCAUCCCAAAUCUACUGCUGCUAAACGUCUGGCUCUCAUCCAUGCUACGGGUGAUGACUUUAAAACUCAAGCUAUAGCCUAUGUCAAAUCAGCACUCGUCAAAGGCGUUCCUUCUCUCUUCUCCGAUCUCAAAUCACUCUACCAGGACUCAGCCAAGCAAGCCGCACUCGAAAAGAUCGUUGAAACCCUCCGACUCGAUUGGGCACCCACCACCUCCCCUUCCCCAGAAGGCACAGACCCACCAACCUCCUAUCUCUGGUCCCUCUACUACCUCGCCCAGCACUACUCCCUCAUCGGCUCCUCCACCCUCGCACUCUAUUACAUCGAUUCCGCCAUCUCCCAUUCAUCCACCCUCCCCGAAUUGCACAUGGUUCGAGCUCGAAUCCUCAAACGAGCCGGUGAUCUCCUUGGCGCCUCUGCCGCCAUGACUGACGCCCGCUUAUUGGACUGCCAAGACCGAUUCUUGAACUCCAAAGCCGCAAAAUACCUACUCCGCACAAACGACACCCCUGAGGCCGAAAAGAUCGUUGGCCUGUUCACAAAACCAGACGCUCCCUCACCCACAUACGACCUGAACGAAAUGCAGGCUCUUUGGUACCUUGCCGAAGAAGCUGAUGCUUUCGAACGCACCGGAAAUUAUGCAAUGGCAUUCAAAAGACUGGGGCAGUUGGACAGGACGUUCCAGGAGUUUUGGGAUGAUCAGUUGGAUUUCCACUCUUAUUGCAUGCGGAAGAUGACUCUUCGUUCCUAUGUGAAUCUGGUGCGGUUCGAGGAUCGGUUGAGAGCUCAUCCUGCGUAUAUUGGGGCGGCGGAGAAGGCGGUGGGUUUUUAUUCUAGGUUGCAUGAUAAGCCUGAUACACCUGCUUUUGUGGAGGAGGAGAAGGGAGAGGAAGAAGAUCCAGCUCUAGCUGGGUUGAGCGAGGCGGAGAAGAAGAAAUUGUUGAAGAAACAGAGACAGGCAGAGGCAAAGAAGGCGGCCAAGGCGGAAGCGGAGGCGGCAGAAAAGAAGAAAAAGGCAGAAGAAGCUGCUGCUAAUGGCGAAGCUGUCGAUGAUGAGGGACCAAAACCAGAUCCUGAUCCGAAAGGGUUGGACUUGUUCAAGUCGGUGGCGGAAUUGCCGUUAAAGCAGGCGCAUAAAUGGUUGAGGUUCAUGCAAGAGCACGCGCCGCAGAAGCAAGAAACAUGGAGGAGUGUGUUUGAGGUUAGUGUUAGGGAGAAGAAUUGGUUGCUUGCCACCAGGGCCGUUGUGCACUUGCACAAGCUCGGAGGCGAGACAACAGAUUUGGUUGUAAGAUUAAAGAGUCAGCUGCCAGAUUUGAAGGGGGCACCUAAACCAAUCGGAAGCGUCAUCGAAAGUGCACUGGUGGAAGUUAUUCCUGCUGAAAAGCCACUAGCUACGUUCUACGCGGAAGCUUUACAAUCCCCUCACGCGUCAAAACCCGAAGUUAUGCUCGACAACGCUCGCGCAGCUAUCUCUUUGGGUCGUCCUGAAGAAGCUUCCUCCCUCUUGCUAAACCUCCCAACCGCUAUCUCACAGGCUCAACUCACCGGUCCGCGAGUCAGAAACAAUGCGUUGGAGACCACCAUCGAAGCCCGUACCCUCCUCGCACAGAUCGAUGCGGCUAAGGAGGACGAAUUUGAUGGCAAGGCAAGGGAAGCCUUUCCCCUGGCAAACGCUUUCAAGUCGGCGGAGAUGCUAGAGGAGGAAAAGAAGAGGAGGGAUGAGGCGAGGGCGAAGUGGGAGAAGGGUAUUGAGGAGGAGAAAGUUGAAGGUGAAGCCAAUGGAAAUGCUCUGCAUGAGCCUUUGCUCUAA